AUGUCAUUUUCGAUGUCAUAUGAUUUUCUACAGCAGCAGCAAACACCAAAAAGUGCCGCUGCUGAAAUGGAUCCUAGUGUGCUUUGGUGUCUUGGACCAGAUUUUGAUAAACAAACAGUAUUAAGUUUACUUGGUGAUAAUAAUUCUAUCGAUUCUGGCUUCAUGCAACCCACCACACCUACUUGGUGGAUGUCAAGUCCAUCUCAAUGGAAUAUUUCAUCGAUGCAUGAACCACCUAUUUAUACACCUCGUUCGGUAAUGAGUGAACUUGGACCACAAUCACCUACAAAUUGUGCUACAAAACGACCAUUUUCUGAUGUUAGCAAUCGAACAACUAUCGGUCGAUCAUUCGCUGGCAAUCAACCAACAACUAAACUCGAAUUUUCAACACCAAUACGGUCAUUAACACCUGAUUUGUACAGUCGAGUACCAUCAUCUAUUAAACGAUCACGUAUUGCACCUGCAUUUACGUCUUCAUCUUUAUAUGAAACACCUCCAGCACCACUUCCUCCAACUGGUUCAACAGUCGAUUCAGCUGAACGAGCUUUGGAAAUUGCAUUGCUACUUAAAGAACAUCCAGAUUGUACUUGUGUACUUGUUACACUUAUUCAAGAAUAUCAAAGCCGAUUUCAAAAACCACUUCAUGUAAGUGAAUUAUAUACAAUGAAACAUGUCAUUGAUAUUCAAGAUUAUGGAGGCAAUCGAGUUGCUCGUCUAUUACCUGCAUUUCGUCUACGUUUUGACGAAAAUAAUAUUCAAGCUCAUUUGGAACAACCUUAUUGUAUAAUACAUUGUCCAAAAAAUUUUAUUGUUAAUCCCGAUCUUGAUUUACCUUUUGUUCAAAUUCCAUUCAGUUCAUUUGCUGAUAAUAUUCGUCAAUUAUUAACUCAACAUAAUGGUUCAAUGCCUUUAGCUAGUUUUCCUCAAUGUUAUAAUUAUAGUUUUGAACCUUUAUAUGAUCACAAUGAAGGUGUUCCACUUGAACAUUAUAUUUCAUGUAUCAAAGAUAUUCAAAUUGUAACUGGACAAGGAGUAAUUAAAAAAGUACAAUUUCCUAAUACACCAGGUGUACCGUUUAUGCCAACACCAUUUGAUACUUCUAAUAUGCACGUGGAUAUGUGUGCUGAAGUUCAACAACGUUUACAACAAUUUUCACGUGAAGUUCUUGAUUUACUUAAAAAUCAAGGAUUUCAUUGUCGUUUACCUGUAUCAAAAUUUGUUUCUGCUUAUCAUCAAUAUUUUAGUCGACAAUGUCGUGUAGCUGAUUAUGGUUUUUCGAAAAUUAUUGAUCUUUUACUUGCUAUUCCGAAAUCUGUUCAAAUUCUUGGUGAUGGAAAUAAGCGUAUUAUGACAAUUACACAUCGUUGUCAAAUGAAACGAUUUACUAAUGAUAUAAUUCGUAUUUUAAAAAAUAAACCACAACGAUCAAUGUCAAUUAGUGAAAUUCCUAUUGAAUAUGAAAUUGCUUACAAAAGACCUUUUUGUGUUGCUGAUUUUGGUAUGUGCUAUUUGGAAGAUCUUGUAAAUGAAGUUAAAGAUAACAAAGAAUUAGUUGUCGAAGCUGAUAAGGAUAUUAUUAAACUUUAUCGUAAAGAACGAACUGAUCUCGAAAUUUAUGCAACACGUAAUUUUGAAAAAGAUGUUAUUGAUAUGCUUCGUAUUUUACCUGAUUUCAGUAUACCAUUUCAAAAAUUUAUUCCAUCUUAUCAUCAUCAUUUUGGUUAUCAAUGUAAAGUACAAACAUAUGGAUUUUCUCGUUUAAUUGAUUUACUUGAAGAACUUUCUCAUGUUGUAAAAAUCAAUGAAGAUAAAAAUGGUGAAAAAAUUGUUCAAUUAACACCAAGUAUGAUGGCACAUGCAAUUUUAUUAAAUAUUGAACAAUUAGUUCGAAAAUCUCAUGGACCACUUAGAUUACAAGAUCUUCAAGCACAAUAUUUACAAGUUUAUCGAAAUGAAUUAAAUCCAGAAGAUUUUGGUGUAGCUAGUAUUGAAGCAUUACUUCUUACAAUGACUGACAAACUUGACUUUCAUUAUACUGAAACUGAUUUUAUACUUGCAAUUAAAGAACCAAAUUCAACAACGAUGCAAUUAGCUAAAAAUGUUGUUCUCACACUAAUGUUAUCUCAAUGUCAAUUAUCAUUUUGGCAGUUAAAACAAGAUAUGCUUGUUCGUUUUAAACAAGAUGUUACUUUGAAUAUGUGUCGCAAUGAAUUACGAGACUAUGUCGAAGUGAUUGAUCAAACAGUUCGUUUAACUCCACCAAUGUGUUUUGCUUACAAUGUAGUACUACUUCUUAGUCCAUGUGAUGGUCGUAUGGCUUAUGAUGAUUUUAUUGUUGAAUAUCAACGUCGAACUGGUUCAACUCAUUUACUUUAUCCAACAGAUUAUGGUUUUCCGACAAUGCCUCGUCUUUUCGAUGCUAUUCAACUUGUUGCUCAAGUGCGUGGUCGACGUAAUUUUAAAAUAAUUAUACUCAAUCCCGAAUUUCGACCCGGAGGAUAUACUCAGCCAACACCUUUUACACCGUCCAUGACACCUUUUUAA